GAUGUGUGCGUCAGUGUGACGGUGGUUAUUUCUAUGAUCUAAUUGCACAAGUUUCCACAUCUCACAUCUGACAUCGCUCUCGAUUUUGAUAGUAAAGUGUAUGAUAAUUAUUAUCGCGAUAGUUGGGUGCGAUGGCCGAGAGCCAGGAUGACGAGGAGGACUACUAUUACGACGGUUUCGAGGAGGACUCGCUGGACAGCAGCUGCAACGACGUGGAGCGCGUCGCCACUGAUAAUGCGACGUCGCUGGUGAUAUCUGCCUCUCAAUCAGCGUCGGGGGAUGGCGCCGCGGACCCCGAGUUCUUUGAGUACGUGUGCCUGACGGAGAAGGAGCUGCAGGAGGUGCUGGAGCGCUGCGUGCAGCGCCUCUGUGAUCGCUUGGCUGUGACGCGCGGCAGCGCCAAGUACUUGUUGAUCGCCAGCAGCUGGAACGACGAUCUGGCCGUCAGCAACUACAACGCCAGCCUCUCAACGAACAACUCUUCCGACCUGCCCCGGAGAGAGAGAAAGACUUCGUUAUCUUCGUCGGAUCCGGCGGUGUGCUGCGUGUGCCUGAUGCGCAGUGGCGCGCUGGAGCUGGAGCCGUUCCUGUGUGGGCACACCUUCUGCGCUGACUGCUGGAACGCCUACUUCGAGGCGCAGGUCGCCGAGGGCAAGGGCUACAACAUCCUGUGCAUGGAGACGGACUGCGCGGCGGUGAUCACGGAGGACUUCGUGCACGGCCACCUGCGCAGCGCCGCCACGCGCCUCAAGUACCGCAAGCAGUACACGCGCGACUGCAUCGACAGCCACCCGCAGAUGCGGCACUGCCCCAGCUACGGCUGCUCCUCCGUCUUCUUCGCCGCGGCCCCCGACAGCAAGCGCGUCGUCUGUCCGCACUGCCGCGCCACCUUCUGCUUUGCCUGCGGAUCCGAGUACCACCUGCCCUGCGACUGCCGCACCAUCCGGCAGUGGUGGAAGAAGGCCAUGGAGGACUCGGAGACCAUGUCCUACAUGUCCUCCUUCACCAAAGACUGUCCCCAGUGCGACUCCAGCAUCGAGAAGAGCGGCGGCUGCAACCACAUGAUCUGCCGCAUGUGCGCCUACGAGUUCUGCUGGGUCUGUCUCGGAGCGUGGAAGGAGCACGGGAACGCCUACUACGAGUGCAACAAGUUCUCCGCCAAGAAGAUCCAGACGGCCGUCGCCGCCGGCAGCAGCAGUCCGGCGGUGGCCGGCAUGAAGAACGAGGCCGUGGGACGGGCGUCCAGCGGGCGCAUGGCGCUCAACAAGUACCUCUUCUACUUCACAAGGUACAAGAACCACGAGCAGUCGCUGCACCUGGAAGAGAACCUCAUGGGCAAGAUCGACCAGCGCGUGGAGAAGAAGGUGCAGAACCGCGAGGGCUCCCUCAUCGACUGGCAGUGCCUCAUCGAGGCCGGCCGCCUCCUCCUCAAGUGUCGCCGCACCCUGCAGUACACCUACGCCUUCGCCUACUACCUCCAGGACGGCCCGGACCGCAUGCUGUUUGAGCACCUGCAAGCGGACCUGGAGUCGACCAUCGAGAACCUCUCCUUCAGCGUGGAGCGCGUCGACAAGCUGGACCUGGCGGCGCUGCAGGCGCAGAUGCGCUCCGCCGAGUUCCGUCGUCGCGCGCUCUUCCGCGACGCCGCCAAACUCACCGUCAGCCCCACGCCCAACUGAAUCUGCCCUGUCUGUCGCCGGCACUCCCGCCGGCCAACCACACACGAGGCCUUCGUUUGAUAUGUUUUUUAGUCUUUUGCUUUUAUCCGUGUUUCUGUUUCUCUAUCAACGACCGCUUUGCGCCGUUUCUAAGGCAUAGAGCUUAUUUAAUAAUAAAGAAAUAGAUUAAUGUGGGAAAUACUGUCAGUUGAAAAGUUGUUAAUUUAUUACCUGUUCUGCUUAAUUAAAAUGUUA